GGGGGGACUGUAAUUAACGAGGGGUGAGGGCGAUCCUUGCGUCGACCGCACAGUGAGAUGACUGGUUUGGUCGAGGGACAGGCAGGGAAUUCUUGUACUGUGUAAAGCGGAUGCGAUACUGACGAAUGAAUGCGUGAUGACCGAGCAGCCUGAGGUGAGCCUGAGGUGAGCAUGAUGGUAGUUGUAUGCCUUAAUAGUCAGGCACAAAGGCAGUCCCGCGUGUCUUGCCUGAGGUGUCUGAGGUGUCAGCCAACCAUCUGGAGUCUCACCUCGAGUCCAUCUCGAGUCCGCCUCCGUCUUCUCCGUUUCCUUCCCCUCUUCUUCUCUCCUGCAUCGCUGCAUCUGCAUCCUUCUGCAUCCUUCUGCAUCUCUCUGCAUCCCUCUGCAUCCCAUCGAAUCUCCCCCCUCGAUCUUUCCGGGAAUCCUCGUGACUAUCCAUCCUUAUUAUUGUUAUUUAACUCGGGCUGCGCCCAUCCGAGUCAACCCGGAGGCUCUCCUCUCCUCGUGUUCCCCCCGUGCGACGCCGCCCUGCCGCUUGGGAUUCGCCCUCCCUGUCGGACUGCAUCCCCGCUCUACAUUUUACUUACAUUACUACUUACAUUACUUACUCCCUAUCUGUACACUACAACCACACCACCAUCCUUGCUAUUUUUCUUUGUUGCUUCUACCCACCACCUGGCACAACACCAUCACCGCCCUCCGUGUGGGGGAGGAGACGCACCGGGAUUCAAUCAUUACCAAUCCACUACUGUACACGGUAUAGAUACGUGCUGGUCGCAUUUUUGAUUGCAUCCAGAACAGCAACGUGCGCCUGUGUUCCCCCC